UGGGAGCCUCUGUCCUGCCCUGGGAUGGUGAUACUGGGGGGUACAAGGAGGGAGUAGGGGAAUGCUGGGAUGAGGAAGCCAUUGAGAGCCUCCAUCCUGCUCUGGGGUGGGGGGACAAAGAGCCGGUAGGGGGGAUGCCAGGGUGGGCAGCCCACUGGAAGCUUCCAUCCAGCUCCAGGGCAGUGGGACCGGAGGGACCGGGAUGGGGUAGGGGGGAUGCCAGCAUGGGGAAGCGGUGACCCGGGUGCUGUGUCCCUAACGGUGCUCUCCCCCGUGCAGAUGCUGCUCGCCGCCCGCCCCGCGCGUGCUGCCCGCCGCCCUGGGCAGGAUAUCAUCAUAUACUCUCGUCUCCUGGAGAGCUGCGCCCCGCGGGCCGCCGCGACCCCCGCCCGCCGCAGCGGGAGCAGCUCCGCGCUGGGCAGCAUCCUGGGCAUCCCCGCCGAGAAGCCGGCUGACACCCUGGGGCAGCACCCGCCGCCCGUUGCCACCAGCAAAAAGGAACAGUACCGUCUGUUACAAAAUCGGCCUGACCAGCCCCAGAACCCCAAGGUUUUAAGAAUUGCCAUCAUUGGAGCACCCAACGCCGGGAAGUCCACGCUCUCUAAUCAGCUCUUGGGCAGAAAGGUUUUCCCUGUCUCUAAGAAAGUGCACACAACCCGAUGCAAAGCCCGGGGUGUUGUCACGAGUGGGGACACACAACUGAUCAUUCUGGACACACCUGGCCUCACUAGUCCCUUUAAAGCCAAAAGACAUAAAUUAGAUGAAGCCAUGCUGACAGACCCAUGGGACAGUGUGAAACAUGCGGAUUUAGUUCUGGUUUUGGUGGAUGUGUCGGAUCACUGGACACGAAACUCCCUGAGCAAGGAGGUGCUGCGGUGUCUUUCUCGGUUCCCCCAGAUCCCCAGCGUCCUGGUUCUGAACAAGGUGGAUCUUCUAAAGAAGAAAUUUAUCUUGCUGGAACUAGUAAAUGACCUAACAGAGGGAAUUGUAGGUGGAAAGAAACUGGAAGUGACAUCUGCAUUUAAACAUAAUUCCUGUUCUUCAGCGAAGUCUCCUCUUCAAAUCACUGAGGCUUCUCCACCUGAGAAUAGGGCUCCUGUGUCUCAGUGCCUGCAGGAAACAGAUCAAGCCCAAGAAGGCUCUAGCUUGGGCAAGAGCAGUGAUACGAAGGCUUCCGAGUCCAGUCUUGUCACAGAAGCAGAAGGGACAAAGCACUAUGGACCCAGAGAUCUAGAAAAUACGAAAGGCUGGCCGUGCUUCCAGGAGAUCUUCAUGCUGGCAGCUCUCCAUGGGGAGGAGGUGGAUACACUGAAGCAGUACCUCCUGAUGCAAGCUAAGCCAGGCCCUUGGGAGUUUCACAGCAGGGUCUUGACCAGCCAGUCACCUCAAGAGAUCUGUGAUAAUAUAAUCAGGGAGAAGAUACUGGAGUAUCUGCCACUGGAAGUGCCCUACGGCGUGGUUCAGGUGACAGAGAUGUGGGAGGAAGGACCGAGUGGGGAGCUCCUCAUCGUGCAGAAACUUGUGGUCCCAAGGAAGGCUCAUAUGAUGAUGUUGAUUGGAAGAGGAGGUAAGGUUAUCAGCAGGAUUGCUCAGGAGGCUGGCCAGGACCUGAUGAACGUUUUCCUGUGUGAUGUCUGCUUGAAACUCAAGGUGGAGAUGAAGAGUUGAGCUCUUUGUGUAUGUUUCAAGAGCCCUUGAGCUCUCUGGUCAUGUGGAGAAACCAGUCCUGUUUGACCCUGUGGGUAUCUUGGCACCUUUUGUUCAAUCUAGAAACAGAGGAUGAUGGAAUCAGUGUAGUGGGCCGCCGUGGAAUAUAUUAUUCUUUCUGGGAGUAGCCCAAACUGAAAUAAAAUCUUCAGACCUUCUACGGCACCUUAUCUUGUGGACACUGGGCAUGGACAUCAGAGAAACAGCUGCACCUUUACAGAGCUGUCAUCCACUUUUGGGCUACGUCCUCCAUCCUCGCUGUGAAGCGUUUGUGCCUGGAAGGUCAGGAGCAGAACUUGCCUCUUAGUGGACAAAGGGUUGCAGCGAAGGGUCGUCAGUACAUGCCUCUCACUUCUUCUGAAGGCUGAAUCGCUCCAGCAGUGGUCACACGGGAGGAAGAGGCUACCCCAGCCCACGAGGUGGUCUUGUGUCGGCUUUGCUCCCUGCCCUCAUGGAAGUUUUGCCCAGGCAGCCUGAGUGGCAGGUUUUCUGGCCACCUGAAGUGCUCUGUAAUGGCCGAGUGUGACAGAGGGAGCUCUUAAACUCUCUGUAGAUCAUAAAGGUCGGUGGUUUCCAACUCCUGUGUGGGAACCCUUCCUGCAGGCUUGUGUACACCACCCUUUUAGAUGACUGCCAGCUGCUGCUUUCAUUUUGACCUCUUCUGUGUGGUAGUUUGUAAAAAUGCUUGUUCCUUCUCUUUCCCCUGUCACAUUUCCUAAAAUGACACACCUCCUAAGCAGAUUGCUGUUCCUGGCACGUGGUACUUGCUCCAGAGGCUGAGUCUGGUCUGGGGGUUCCUGGAGAAGUGAGAAACGGAACCAUGAUCCGUUCUUGGUGUGUGUAUGAGCUGCUUCCCUGGGUGCCGGUGAGAGGAACAGGGAAGAGAAUGGCUCGUUGGGCUUGUGAGCAUUUGCUGGAGCAUAUUAAUCAGAAGGCGAAACAGAGCAGGGAACAGGUGUCUUUCUGCCCCUGUGCAUUUUGUUUCUGGUGCCCAGUGGCGUCCUGCCUGUCCACAUUUCUGGAUGUUUGGCUGACAAACAAAUGUUGAGUGGCUUGGUCUGAAGACGCCACUAGCGGCAUCUCAUAGAUGUUUACUUCUUCAGAAUGGCUUGUUCAUCACGCAGAACCAGAGCAGACUCCCUUUCUUAGGAAUUUGAAUAGUUUAUUGCACCAGAGUUAGUUCAAAGUCAUUACUCUUUGCACCAAGGUCACAGAUACAAACACAGCAACUAAAGAAAAGCCCCAAAUGGGAGCAGCAGCAGGUUCUGCAGAUCAGGGCUAAUGGGAUAUCGGGAUGGACAACAUUUGGCACAGGUCAGGGUGAGCAAGGCUCAGGGCUGGAGGAGCAGGGCUGUACGGAGGGCUGGGGCACCGUGUGCCACGCUGCGGAGCCCUUGGCAUGGAGUGUGGUAGAGCUGGGCCCCUGCCCUCCCUGCCAGUCUGCACGUGGACCUGGUGUUGGAGGCUUGAGUUUCAGCUCCCCACGCACCUGUGCUGGGGUGUUUGGAGCACUGGGUAGCCUCUGGCCAGAAAUCCAGGUAAAUCUGCCACGUGCUGUUAUAAAUGAACAUCCCUGAGGAGUGAGGAGAGCCUGGGCUGCUGCCCCAGCAAUUGAGCGAAGAGAUCUGGUGGGGUCCGGUGGGGACGCUGCUCCUGCCCGGAGCCCAGACCUGCUGAGCAAAUCCCGUGCUCACCGUCCCUCUGGUGGGACCUGGAGGAGGUGCUUUACCAGCGUCGGGAACACAAGAUUAUCUGGAGAGCAGGCUUGGGAAGCCUGCACAGAGCCUUGUUCCCCCGAGCAGGGGCUGCGGUGAUCCCAUGCACGCUGAUCGCCAACUUUUGUAUUUUCCUUGCAAUAAAAGAAGGUCCCAGCCCCA